AUGGAGGCGGCCUCGGGCGGGAGCGACGUGGAAUUGCUCUGUAAGACUCUGCAAGUCGAGCACAAGCUGUUCUACUUCGAUCUGAAGGAGAACCCCCGGGGAAAGUACCUGAAGAUCUCGGAGAAGACGUCGGCCACUCGGUCCACCAUCAUCGUCCCGGACAACGGGAUCGUCUGGUUCCACGAGAUUUUCAACUACUACGUCAACACCGUCGAGCAGGAAGCCGUCAGCAAGGAGCUCCAGCUCGACACCAAGGUACCACUCCCGCACUUCUCAUUCCUCUUCUUCUCCAUUGUAUUGUGGAUGCGAUGUUCCCUUUCCUCUGCGCAGGUGUUCUACUUCGACGUCGGGGCGAACAAAAGGGGGCGCUUCUUGAAGGUACUGCGAGCACGCCCUCUGUCGUUGUUGCUUCAUCGAUUCUUCCAACCUGGUAGAGCUGAUGAUUUAUUGGGGCCUUGCAUCAGACUCCCUGGAACAAAUCAGCUAAAAAAAUUCCUUUCUAAUUAUUUCUUCCGUUUAUUGCUAUGGAUAUGCGCACUGUGUUUGCUGCCAUUUGAAAGGAUCAAUUAAGGACCAAAUUGGGCAUCUCUACCUGUGCAAAAGUCAACCGUUCUGCCGAUUAACACACUUGUUUCUGACUUGACUGUGGCCGAGUGGUAUGGAUAGGACUCUAUAUUUUUGCAUUGAUUAAUAUUUCACGGAAUUCCUACUCGAUGGUGUCAAUGAGGUGCCUCAACAUGGCACAGUUGAUGUGAAUCUAAUUUUCUAUCCUGAGUCGUCUGAUCUCCUUCUUUGACCGUCUUGUGGGUUGUACGAUUGCUGAUAAGUAGACAGGUUUGCUUUGUUAUUCGAUGUGUGGCAGUCGGUAAUAAAGAUUCUGUGGAUAUUCUUUUUUUAUUUUAGGAUAAAAAAGAGAUUGUUGCCUAAAAUCAUGAAACAAGGGUUUUUUUUUCUGAUUCGAUGAGUUUUCAGGGGGAAAAAACGAAAGCACCGGUGAUAAUAUUUCAUGAAUUUAUUAAUGCUCUUUGAUGAGAAAAAUAUUUCUUAUAGUAGAGAACCCAGAUAAACCCUACUUGCUGUGAUUAGAGCUAAGGACCUAUGUGUGUAUACAUUCCUCACCCGUGAAAAAAUGGAUCUGAUUUUUUUAAAAUUAUCCAUCCUUUUUUUUCUGAUAAUAAUAGCUUGAUCUCCUCAUCUGUGACGAAUUGAAUUUCGGUUUUUUAAAAUUCUUAUUCCUUAUUUUUUCGAAUAAUAAGAUGCUGACAAGCCUCCUCACCUGAGACAUUUUGGAUCUGUGUUCUAUUAAAUAUUUAUUCCGUUUUUCAUCUACUAAUAGCAUGCUGGAACCCCACCUGGCCUGAGGCAUUUUAGGAUCUGUGCCGGAAAUCCUGCUGCGACAAAUUUAUGAAAUUCUUAUUCCUUUUUUUUCUAAUAAGAUGUUCUUGAAACCCCCCCCCCCCCCCCUCUGGUGAGGCAAAUUGAAUUCCGGAUUUUGUAAAUGAUUUAUCUUUAUAAUAAUAUCAGUGCUAGUUCUUUGCCACAAAAGCGUUUUGAAUGACCCCUUAGCAUUAAUUUCAUUCUGUCAUUAGCUGCCUAAAUUGAAGCGCUUUCUGGUCAGCUUGGAAGAUUUACUCUGGAGCUGUAAUAGUUGAUAUAAUAAUUAUUGGGUUGCCCAAUCUCAGUAUGGGAUGGUUCUAACUGAAUCCAAAGAAGAAUAUCUUUGGAUACAUAAUGUGGCAAUUUCCAUUUGUAAAAAGAGCAAAGGCGUAUUGGAUUUGCUCGUAAAUCUGAAUAUGCUUAUUUUAUUAUUAUUAAUUCAAUUGUCGGUAAUGAUCUCUGCACUCAAUCGCUGACCUUGGCUUCAUCACUACAAAUCUAUGUAUAUAAACAUAUAUGUGCGUACAUAUAUAUACAUAUAUACGAGCAUAUCUAUUAUAGUGUCCUCGGAUUUGAGCUGGUUACUCUUCUGUCAUGUUCUUUGGAGUAAAAAAAAUGUUCCCGCCGCAAUCUUGUGGUCUGAUUCGAUGAUGCACGGUCUUCCCUGUAUCAUCUGUGUACACAUAAUCCAAUCCAUGGAUUCCUCCCCGUUUUUGGAUCUAAACGAAGAACACGACUACCCAAUUCAUGUUUUAUUCUCAGAUUUCAAGGCCCUGCAUAAAUUAGCAAACUUUCUUUUCUCGGGCAUAAGCAAUUUCUGUCUCCAUCCUCCACGAAUGUCGCAUUGCUUUUGGGUAGCUCUUGCUCGAGUUCUUCAUUAAUUAGUCAGGCAUGGAUUAGCUUAAUAGGCAGUUGUUGGCGUAUAAUCUGGUCGUCAAUCUUGGUUUUGGUGAGCCAAAAUAGAGGGGAAGACUAUGAAUUUAAUAGCACAUAUUCUACUUAGAACAGUGAUUAAGAUAUCCAGUGCUCUCACUUGGGCCGAUCCCCACUGCAGAUUUCAGAGGCAUCUGCAAACAGAAACCGCAGCACGAUCAUUGUCCCCGGAGGCAGUGCCCAGGGUGAAGAUGGCUGGGUCUCCUUCAAGGACAUCCUGGCCCAAAUCAUCUUAUCCCAUCAGGUAAUGGAAUAUUAAGCUGCUGAUCGUCUGAUACGAUGGGGGGCCUGCAGGAUCACCACUUUCCUAUCUUAUUCGAUCAUACAGCAGGGCUCAGAGGCCCCCGAUCGCCUCCUUGGGCUUUCUGACGACGUGGGUGCCGGCUUCAUCGCCCAGUCGGCCCCCAGGCCUGAGCUGGAUAUCGAGCGAUCCGCCGACCACACCCCCCACGACGAGAUCGGCGGUGGUGGUGGUGGUGGCGGUGGCGUUGGUGGUGGCGGUGGCGGUGGUGGCGGCCUUGGGGUCUCCAAGGUGAUCAGAGCUGACCAGAAGAGGUUCUUCUUCGACCUGGGGAGCAACAACCGGGGCCAUUUCUUGAAGAUAUCCGAGGUCCCUUGGUCUUCGAAAAACCAAUCUCAAACCCUCGGAGUUCCUGUUUUUUCUUUUUUGUUGCCCAGUUGGGUAAUUAAUCUUCCUGGUGGAUGGCUACUGCAGGUAGCCGGCGCUGAUCGCUCCUCGAUCAUUCUCCCCUUAUCGGCGCUGGCCCAGUUCCAUGAGAUGAUCGGCCACUUUGUGGAGAUGACCAAGGACCGGCUAGAAGUAGGGCCGGCGGUGGGCUCCAAUGUCCGGGCCGAGGAACCGGGGCCAAGAUGA